UCAAACCCGGAUGGAUGACUUCACCGUUCUGCCUGGGUUUCCUUUAUGAUCCCGGGAUCUCCCACUUCCCUCACCAGACAUCAUCCAGCAACACAGGCGAACACAGCUCCCUCUCUUGCACUCUUUCUCUGUCUCUCUCUCUCACACACACAGGCAUAACACCGUGUCUACCUGCAGCUGCAACACAUCCAGAGACCACAGAGAGACCAACAGCAGCACUCGGACCUCAGACGGUGGCCCCUCUUCAUCCACAACAACUUACACGCUCAGAGAGGAUCCCAGCAGGAGAGACACCAUCCGCUGCAACUCGCGCAUAAAAAAGGGGAUCUACGGCCGAGCCAACCGAGGAAGACUUUUUAUCUACUUUUUUUGUAUUUAACCUCCAGACGCCGGCGCCCAUUCUCCGCUUUGCCACAAUGUCCGAGGUGCUGCCAUACAACGAGGGGAAAAUGAGCGGCUACGGGGCGGACAGCGAGGUCAGUCAGAUGUCCUUUAGCUGCGGACUGCAGGACACAAGCGCCUUUUUCGCUGCGUCGCAGGCGAAAAGACCCCCAAAGCUUGGACAGAUCGGCAGAGCCAAGCGAGUGGUCAUCGAAGACGACCGAAUAGACGAGGUCCUGAAGGGGAUGACAGACAAGUCUUCACCCGGCGUUUAAACAUGAACGAUGCCUUGCAGACUUUUUUAAUUUUGAUCACCGAUUUGAAGCACUUGUCGGCUGUGCAUGUUCGAGGAUUGCGGGAGAAAACGGCGGCACGAAGCGAGGAUGGGAUGAUGGAAAGGGAAUGAAGGCAAAGGGCGAAGAGGGGAGAAAAAUGGAGAAAGGAAGAGAAAUAAGGAAGAGAGAGAUGAAGAAAGAAUGAGAAAAGGAAGAAAGAGAGAAAGAGAGAGAGAGAGAGACUCUGGAAAAGACCAAGAUUUAUCAUGGGAUUGCUGGCAAUUCUCCAAACGAAUCCCGAUUUUAACUACUGCUGCGCAGCAAGAUGUUGAGAUGGCGGACACUGCUCUGUAUCUCAACCUCUGCUGACUUUAAAUGAUGGAUGAACUUGUCAUUACUUCACGACCAUCUCUUGUUUUUUCCUUUCCAAAAGCGCUGUAAGCAACAAAAAUACUGCAACUGGAGGCUGAAGUUAAAUCCCAGCCCUAUUUCAAUAAGUUGUACAGUAGGUAGGCUAAGCUUUCAGACAACCCCCCACCCCCCCUCCUCCUUUACACCCCCACCCUUCCACCCCUUUUCCCCCUUUAGGCUUUGCUUUGUUGAUCCAGUCGGCGACGGUGCAUUCAAGGGAGCUGUCCUUUCAGCACUGGUCCAAUGCAUUCCUGUUGCUGCUAACGCUUUUUUUUUUUAAAAAAAGAAAAAAACCAGACCAACCAAACUCUCGAGUCUACUAAAUAGAGGAGACCCAUUGUAUGUAAAAACAUAUAUCCGAGGAUGGUGCAAUGUUAAUAUUUUCUGUAGUAGAACCCCGUUUGUUUUUCUGGCCCUUAAACAGCAUUAGGCCACAGAUUAAAAGUGAACCACAGGCUACAUUCUUCUUCUUCUUGCAUUACCCAUCAGUGGUUAAAGGUGCAAGCUGGCACCUUCAUGUAGCUGAUUUACACCUGCACAUAUCUUGUUUCCCCCUCCCCUCUUUUUCUUUUUUUGUUUUGCAUUUUAAAACAUGCUCAGAUAUCUACAGAGGCCAGCAGAGAUGUGGAUAUUAUAGUAAAUGUUUAAAAUAAUAGUCAUGAAAUUGAUGGUAAAAAAUAUGCUUUCUAUAAUUUGGUUCUUUUCAUUUUCUGCAAUUAUUCGUGUUUCGUCUUCUAUAAAUUUAAAGGUUUUUCUCCAUCUAUUUGCAUGAACUUUCACUCCGGUGCCAACACAGGUGCCACCACUCUUACCCUGGCACGCUUCUUUUUAACAAAAGUCAUAUUUGUAUUUUUAUAUCUAAAUAUUUGUUAUUUAAAUGAUAUGCUAGUCUAUCGUCUUACAAUUCAUCAACAAGAAUAUUUCUACUUCAGAGAGGAUAUACAGAAUGAGACUAGGCUUCAUGGAGGUGAAUCUAAGAUUUUGGUGGACUGGUCUCAUUCUAUAUCAGAGGUCGGACGUUUUUUAAAGACUAACUGAAUGUGUCUGGGGUUUUUGCACACAUCAAUGUUAAACUAUUAUUAAGAAAUCGUAUACUGUGACUUGAGCUUCGUUGAUGAAUUUGUUAGAAAAUGGCAGUUUUAGAGUAUAUUGCACUGUUUACGAGUAUCCUCAAAUAACACGUUGUUAUUUGACCGAUUUUGGACAUUACAGUUUUUGUUUUUUAAUUUUGUUUAUUUUGUACCAUUAUUUUAAAGAAACUGGAUAUGGUUUGUUGUGCAUGAAACCUUAAUAUUUUCAAUAAUGAAACAUCGUUUUAUGAAGCAAAAAAGCAACAAAAAUGUCAUGACAUUCUAAGAAUGAGUCAUUGUAUAUUAUGAUGCCAUUUUCACUGUAUUUGGUGAAUUAAUAAAUGGUGAAAGAAAAUGUUAA